AUGGGUCAAGGAGCCGGUCUUCUCGCCCCGUUUGCUCAAAGUUCCGCUUUCUUCAUCGGCUUUCCCUUCACAGCCAUCGUCGUCAACACUCCACAGACCGGAAUUGCUCUUUUGCCACUGCUCCUCCUGUCACCUGUUGCAACUGCUGUGUCUGGGUAUUUGACAUCUAACCGAAACGUUCCGCCGGUGUAUGUUAUCCUUGCGGAGUCUGUUUUCCAGCUCAUUGGCGUUGGCUUGACUUGUGUGCUUCCUACUCUGCCCGUCAAGGCAGAUACUCGUGUUCCAGCGAGUCAACAUGGCUUUGAAGCAAUCAUGGGCAUUGGCUUUGGCUUGACUAUCAGCACAAUCUUGACGUUGGCGCCUUUGGUGGUAAACCCCGUGGAUCUCCCCGUAAUGAUGGGGGCUGUCACUCAAGUCCGUGUUCUUGGAGGAACAAUUUCCCUCGCGGUGUGGUACGUUUCCAGCUUUUACACCAUUCUUCACGUCGCCGCCUUUCGCAAUCUGUCAUUUCUGACCGAAUCUCAAUUGAACUACAGCUCAAUCUUGUUCAACAACCAUGUCAAAAGCAAACUUCCGGGCCUUCUGGAUCCAUCACGCAUCGCGGAGAUUUCCGAAUCCCUUUCAGCAACUCAAAACCUGCCAUCCGAUGAGCAGAUCGCUGUCAGGACGGUCUACGCCGAAGGAUACAACAAGCAGAACAUAUUGCAGGCUGCCUUCUCUGGGAUUGCGUUUUUAUCUUGCUUGUUGCUAUGGGAAAAAAACUCCCAGGCGACCGACAUCCCCACCAUCAAAACUACCUAG